AUGAAUAGUAGUGUUUUUACAAAUUCAUGCAUUAAAGUUCCCGUAGAUCCUAUAAAUAAGAUGCCAAAAGCAGCGUACGAAAGAACGAAUAAAACAUUAUUAGAACAUAGCUCUAUUGAUUCAUCUACCACUUGCUCUGUAUCAACAACGGAUGUAGAUACUGAAAAACUAAAAAAUUUUUACCGGAGCAUACCUGACUAUAACGAAAUUAAUCAUUUAUCAUCCACAGAAUUUUAUUCGACAUUAAAAUCUUUAAGAGAAAAAAAGAAAUCUAUGUUAGGAAUUAGUGUGGAACUCAUAGAUAAUGGUCAGCAAUAUGAUAACAAAAAAAACUCUUACGAUGAAGUAUAUGGCCUUUCUCCUAAGAAAGAAAAUAAUAUAGUAAAGAUUGAUAAUAAGAAAAGUUUUAAUACAGUAACCAUUACCAGGAAAAAAAAGUCUCUUGGAACAGACAAAAUAGAUAAUGCAAAUGUAACAUAUCCAACACAAAAACAGGAUAACAUAAAUGAUGAUCAACUUCCUGAUACAGACAUAAAAUCGGAUAAAACAAAAACAUUUGAGAUAAACAGUCGAAACACAAACAAGGUUGAGAGAUCGCAUAGAAAUCAUUCAGCUUGUUCAAUCUCAUGGCAUGAUGAUAAAAAUGUUCGUAAUAAGAACGAAAUAGACAAAAAAUUUGAUAAAUUUUUUCAAGUUACGAAAUUAGAUCCUUUUGACAGUAGACAACAAUGCACAACGCAAAGUAUGCCUUCGAGUCCUUUGAGAACUAAAAGUUUGAGUACAAUCUCUCGCAAAAAAAAGAAUAUCACUAUUCCAAAACCUUUUAAAAUGACGGAAAGGGAUGACCAAGAAAGGAUGGCGAAAGAGCUUCGUACGCUGCAAAAAUCAUUUUCGGAGGAUAUGCUAAACCAAAAACGGGAAAGGAAACAAUUUCGAGCCAGACCUGUACCUAUUGAAUCACGGAUUCCUCUUUACGACAAAAUUCUCGAGGAUCAAGCCAUGAGACGUGCAAUAACAAAAAUAAACAGCGAAGCAGAACUACGAGCACAAAUGAAACCAUUUAGUUUCACUAAGAGAGAAGAGAAUGGCACAAGUGAUGUGUGUGAGAGAGCGGUUCAUGUUCUUCCUAAACCAAAAAAGAAAAAGCGUUUCCGGGCUCGACCGGUGCCGAAGAAUCUUUUCUCCAAUUACAUCUACGAUAAGAUGAAACAAGAUCACUAUUUCAGAUCAAUUAAUCGGCGCAUCAGAGCUGAAGAAAUGUUACGAAGUGCUAACUAUCCAGGCAAUAUGGCAACUCGUGAUCGCAGUCGCUUAUCAACCCCAGCAGCUCAUAGUGAUUUACCCAUCGACCCUUCGCCCGCAGCUCAAUCGACUGCGUCCUCAGAUAGGUUAAGGUGUGCUAGUCCAACCAAAUCGUGUAAAACGUCGAAAGAAGACUUUAUAACUACUAGCCCGCAACCAUUUCGGUUUAAAACGGCUAGCAGAGCAAAUCAGAAGAUGCAAAAUAUAGUCAAAAAAAUUUAUCAAAGCAACAAUAAUAAUAGCAACAUUAGCGAUUGUGUAUCAAACACUCGAGCGUAUUCUGCAUUGGAGUUAAGAAGUGCCGCAGCUGGAAGAUCUAAUUUAGCAGCUUUAUUGCGAGCUGAGUCAGUAAAAAGGAAAUUCGAAAUGGAAGCGGAAAAAAGUUUGGCAGAGCAACGACGGCGGAUUGAGCUCAGACAACGGGAUCGUAUACUUCGAUCUAAGCCUGCCUGGCACCUGGUUAAAAACAAUCAUGAAGAAGAGAUUGCAAUUCGGUUACAGACGCGGCGUGAUGAGGAGAGAAUGCGUCGGGAGGAAUUCCUUCAUGAGAUGGAAUUGAUGUAUGGAAGAGUUCAACAGCAGCCACUUCUAUUUGAAAGAUACUAUGCACCUCGUUCUUAUUCAGCAGGUGUGAGCAUUCAAUUAUCACCAAGGAAAUGCUCAAACAAGAAACGAUACAGUCGAAAAAACCGAACAUAUCAGAUGACCACACCAAGCGACGGUUGUGAUAGUGAUGGGCAAAAGUGUAUCGAUAAAAUUGAGAAAGACGAUAAAUUGUUUGAGAAUUCAGAGGAUGUGACUGACAGUGUCGAUAGAAGCUGCUUGUAA